AUGGCUCUGACCGGUAAUCGAUCUACCGCAGUGCAACCACUUCCACCCGAUGCCCCUCGUAACAAUCCUGAGCCGAAAGCAAAACUUGCCAAUGACCUCGACAAUGACAAUCAACCCCUGUUGAAAGCAACAAGUUCAGACAACCCAGUCUCCACGAGCGAUAUCGACGAUUCCUUGGCUCCAGUCAAGAGCGUGGGUUUGCUGAGUAUGAAGCGAGCAAAAGGCCUCGGCUUCAUCGUCUUUGCUGGGUUAAACUUCAGUAUCGCCUCGAUCUGCAUCAAAUACGCGAGCCAUCGAGCAACGUCACACGAAACGGUCUUUUGGCGCAUGACCAUCGCGCUUGUGCUCAAUUACGUCUGGGCUCGCUAUAAGAAACGGAAGCUUGUUGUGGAACCCAAAUAUCGUGGUCUUCUGCUGUUCCGCUGUAUUGUGGGAACAAUAGGUGUCAACAUUCAGUUCUACGCAAUGUCGAAGAUGGUGCUGACGGACGCAACUGUGAUCAUUUUGACCAGCCCGAUCUUCACUUUCUUUUUGGGUGCCGCUUUUCUUGGAGAGAAGAUCAACCAGAUCGAUCUUCUAGCAGGAAUCACGUCUUUCCUUGGAGUCAUGUUCGUGACGAGACCUGCAUUCCUGUUUCCAGCCAAUAAUGUCACGAAGGAGGUGCCACCACUUGCUGUAUAUUGUGCUAUUGGCGGUUCAGUGACAUCGGCUGUAGUCUACAUUCUACUCCGGCGACUAAGCAAAGUGGACACGCUCGUCGCUAUCCACUACUUUUUCGUGUUCGGAACAAUCACGUCGAUCAUGACACUCUUGAUCCUGGGAGUGAAAAUGACGGUUCCUCUCGAGCCAGCUUUUCUAUUCGCACUCUUCGGCAGUGGCUUCUUUUCCUUCAUCGGACAGGUUUUCAUGACUAAGGGUUUCCAGCUCGAACAAGCAGGAAUCGCAUCGGUCAUGCGAUACUUCGACGUGGUCUUCGUCGUUGCCAUGGAUGUGCUGAUUUUGGGCGAGAAUGUAAACGUUCUGAGCCUCCUCGGAGCUGGAAUCAUCAUGGUUGGCGUUUCGAUGAUUGUUCUGCGUCGUGCUCGUGAGAAGCAGUAGACAUCCCGCCUCGGGGAAUAGAACCAAGAUUGAAUAAACUACUUCGAAAUACCAUCUAGUUGAAAAAGGA